AUGGGCAAAGUCGAGAAAACAAGCUUGCAAAGGACCAUUAAUGGCCUCGUCUUCUACGGUCGGUACGUGGACGAUAUCUUCUGCCUGGCGGAUGGUACUACCGAUACCGAGGAGCUUGUCCGAAAGUUCAACAGUGCGCACCCCUCGCUAAAGUUCACUGCAGAGACCAAGGCAGAUAACGAACUUGCCUUUUUCGAUGUCCUUCUGCACAGGCAAGAGGAUGGGUCUAUCCAGCGCACGGUGUUCCGAAAGAAAACCUGGACGGGACAGUACGUUAAUUUCCACAGUAUUCUUCCCCUAAACAUCAAACGGAAUUUAGUCCAGGGAUUGGCGGCUAGAAUGAGAUGCAUCUGCUCACCUGAAGCUAUUGAAGAGGAACUUCAACAGCUGCGGAACACACUUCGGGAGAACGGAUACCCAGAUAGAUUUAUCCUCGGAAAUAUUGGGGAACGCGCCGAAAAGCCCACUGUUGCGACUGCGGAAAAGAAAGAUGUGUUCAUAAGAUAA